AUGACCAUCGCGAUAAUACCGCUCAUCGGGCGCGCUGUGUGUAUACUCCUCUCGUUCACACUGAAUCCGGACCAUACGUAUGAUCCUGCGACGCAGGCGGAGGCGCAGACUUGGGGGGAGAGCGUGGAGAGUAUUGAUGGGGAUAGAGAGCUUUCGCAUAAGCUGCUCAUACCGGCGCGGAUAUUCUACGCCAUGUUUUUGUGGUGUUUGAAGUUGGGGCUGCUGGCCUUUUAUUCACGCUUCAUCGAUGUCUUCCGCUGGGGCAAACCUGUCACCGAUGCGCUCUGGUGGUUCAUCAUCGCCACGUUCAUCGCAGUGUUUAUAACAAUUCUCGCCGAAUGUCGCCCUCUAUCACUAAUGUGGGCGCUUGAUUACGAUGAUACGAAAGUCGCAUGCAAUCGCGCCGUCGGCAACCUGAUACUAAUGGCGGUUUGCAACAUAAUAAUAAACAUUGCGCUCAUAAUUCUCCCGUUUCCGAUGCUUCGACAUCUCCGACUCGAUAUUAAGGAGAAACUACAACUUGGCUUCUUGUUCAGCGUCGGCGCUGUCCUGGUAGCCAUUACGAUCCUCCGCCUCCCUCUCAUCCUCAACGAAUCCGUGUCUCAACGAUCCCGAUCAAUGUGGGCUUCAAUUGAGAUUCUCUGCGCAUGCAUCGUCUCCAACACCCCCUUCUUCUACGCUCUUGUCAAAGACAUGAAACGACAGCACGACGACCGACCCGAGCGAUCACCAUCGAACGCUACAAAUCCAGGGGACUUUGACUUUUACGAUCUACAGAGCCUACCGUCUUCCGCGGGUGUGCAGAUGCCUGCGAGGUCAUCGCCUGAUACGUCGAAAUGUACAAUACGGUAUUUGGAGAAUGUUUGA